UGUCGAUAUUAAACCGAAUGGCGAAGAAAAUGGGUCGGAUAGUGAUAGCAACAGCGAACACCGUGAGGCAAACGGCGCGGUCGAAGAAGAGGAAAAGCCUCCCAGUCCGGACGAUUUGAUUCGCGGUGCCCUGCUCAACGUCAUGGAGCUGCACGGGAAAAAAAUAACGCUUCCGCUGCUCACUAGCACCUUUUACCCGAAGUACUUGCAACCGGAGAUUCCGGAGGGUGUUGAGAUGAAGAAAAGCACGUUCAAGAAGGUAGGCACUUUCUUCAAGCGGAUGGCCGAAGAGGGGCUGCUCAAGAUCGAGGAAGAGAAGAAGGGCAUCGAGAAGGUAACGGUCUUGAAUCUGGACCAUCCGGCCGUUCGUUCCUUUUACCCGUAUAAGGCAGUUGCGAAAGUUUCGGAAAAGGAAUUGGGCGGUCCAGGAACGAGGGGCCUUUUUUCGUAUCCUCUCCUGCUGACCGAAAUGUACGCGGUGAACGAUCGAACGAGCAAACUGUUCGGUUGUUUCAAUGUGUCUAACUGGCAAGCGCUGGAGCCGAAACAGGUGCGUAACUAUAUCCGGGACUAUGUGGGCCGCAACAAGCUCAUCAAUCCGAACACGAAGGUCGUCACGCUGGACGAAACGCUAACAGAAGUGUGCGGUACAGGGGCAGGCGGUGGGAUGGUGGCGCUUUCAGAACUGAUUAAAACGGUGCUGAACAGUAUGACGAGCACAUUCGAGAUUAAUAGCCAGAAGGGACCGGUCAUGAAGAGUGGCAAGCGGGCCGUGGUUCACUUGACAACGGCCAAGCCCAAAGUGAACAAAACAGUAACCCUUAUCAGCAAUUUGGACGAUUAUGGGAUAAACGUCGGGGAGUUUGCGAAGGCGGUAAAGCUGGGUGCGGCCACCAGUACGACUAUGGCAAAGGUGCGGGGUACGAAGGGUGAACAGCUUCAGGUUCAAGGCAAUCAUGUGAAAUUUGUGUACGAAUUGCUUACCAAAACCUACCAAGUGCCGAAAACGUGCAUUACCGGGUUGGAGCUCGCGAAGAAACAGAAGAAAAGAACAAACAGAAAAAAAAGAAAAAAGAAUGAGAAGAACGGAAGAAGCGAACGCAAGGACCAGAAAAAAGUAAUCGCAAACCGCUGGUUUGACCAGUGGCAGAGGGCAAUAUGCUGUUCAAACGUGAAGGUUCAAGUAGUUCCAUUUUCCCAGUUGCCGACGAUGUGCCCAGCGAAGGUAGCGAAGGUAGUAAAGGGAGCAAAGGCAAAGGUACCGAAGGUAGCGGCAGCGAUAGCGUAUAAGCUCGACAUCGGUUGGGAGAAUUUGGUGAAGAAUUCGGCGAAACGAAUUCGGCGACACACUGGUUUGGCAAAAAGAAGCCAGCCACGGUCGUUGUAAAUUACGUUCCACUGGAGGUACGACAGCGGAAUUAGCGCCGUGCUCAGUUUAUAUACUGUGAAAAAGU